AUGCAGUUGACUUGCAAGACAGCAAGCGUGGUCACUGGUCACGUGAUUGGUGAGAGGUGUAAAAAACUAUAAAAUGAUUCUCUAUGAAUAAUCUUACUUUAAUAUUAAACUAUUGGAAAAUUACCUAAAUACCGAAAACAAAAAGGAAUGCAACUGCAUCGAUUUUACGUAGGCAUUGUAUUAGUGCCAUCUCUGGGUCUACUUCCGAUCCGACUGUAUUUCUCAGUGAGUAAAGGCGAUCAUGGCGUCGACGCUUCUCAUUGUACGGGGUGUUAUUCUUUGUCGCCGGCGCCGGUGUUCCGAUCGUCUCAUCUCAACUCUCCAUGACUCGACGCCUAGUGUCCUGCAAAGUUCAUCAGCUUGUUGUAGUAACAAAAUUCAAAUAUUUCCUUCUCUUCGUACUUCUCCUCGAAGAACUGGUACCCAGAAAAAGAGUAAGAACAACCCAGUUCGAGGUCUAACUGUUAGCUCACAAUUCAAUGCUCCUCUCAUUUCUCCACAUGAUCAAUGGGGUAACUGGACAACUCUCUUUGCGAUUGGCGCUUUUGGUCUCUGGUCGGAGCAGAAGACUAAGAUUGGGAGUGCAUUGAGUGGAGCAUUAGUGAGCACCUUGAUUGGACUUGCUGCAACCAAUUUAGGGGUUCUAUCAUCAUCAGCUCCUUCAUUUUCGAUCGUCAUGGAGUUUCUACUUCCAGCGGCUGUUCCACUCUUGUUGUACAGAGCUGAUAUGCGUCAUGUGAUUAAGUCAACAGGGGCACUUCUCUUGGCUUUCUUAUUGGGCUCAGUUGCCACGACAAUUGGUACUGUGGUAGCAUAUUUUUUGGUGCCAAUGCGUUCACUUGGUCAAGACAGUUGGAAGAUAGCAGCUGCACUCAUGGGAAGACAUAUUGGUGGAGCUGUAAAUUACGUUGCCAUAUCUGAUGCUCUUGGUGUUCAGCCAUCAGUUUUAGCAGCUGGACUAGCUGCAGACAAUGUUAUUUGCGCAGUAUAUUUCGCCACAUUGUUUGCUAUAGCUUCAAAAGUACCUCCCGAGGCUCCAACUUCAAGUGAUGAUGUUGCUAAGGACACAAAGUCUGCGGCUGGUGGAAACCUUCCUAUUCUACAAAUCGCUACAUCCCUUGCAGUGUCCUUGGCUAUUUGCAAGCUAGGCUCUUAUCUCACAAAAUAUCUUGGAAUUCAAGGAGGCAUCCUGCCUGCUGUAACAGCCAUUGCUGUGAUUCUAUCAACUGCAUUUCCGAAACCAUUUGCAUAUCUGGCACCAUCCGGCGAGGCAAUGGCUGUGGUUCUGAUGCAGUUAUUUUUCACAGUGGUCGGAGCAAGUGGGAACAUCUGGAGUGUCAUCUACACAGCGCCAAGUAUCUUCUUGUUCUCCCUUGUCCAGAUUGCCGUUCAUCUCGCGAUAAUCCUGGGAUUGGGCAAGCUACUUCGCUUUGACCUGAAGUUGUUGCUCAUAGCAUCAAAUGCCAACGUUGGAGGUCCCACAACUGCAUGCGGGAUGGCCACAGCAAAAGAGUGGACUUCUAUGAUCAUUCCUGGUAUUCUUGCUGGCAUUUUUGGUAUUGCCAUAGCAACUUUUCUUGGCAUUGGAUUUGGGUCAAUGGUACUAAAAUUCAUGUGAAAAAAUCUCGAAAGCUGUUAAACAGAUAUUGGCUUUAACAUAUGUAGACUCCAUUUCUUUGUACCCAAAAGAGCAACGUUCUGAUUUGGAAAGAAAAUGGAUUAAUUUCUCUUCAAGUUCAAAGUCAUUUGUUGACACUAAUUAUGCAAGUCAAAUGAAGAGCUUUGUUAUAGCAUAAUUUUAGGGGUUUUGUUUCUGCAAAAUUAGUUUUGGGUGUUUAGUUCCUUCAUUUAUUAGAGAGGAUGCAGUAGAUGGCUUUUAGAUUUAAGUACUGACGGUUUUUUUUUUUAUUGAAAGUGGAUUUGAACUUGUGACAUUCUCUUUGCCAGGUGAAGUGUAGCACCUUAUUUAUUAUUAUUUUUCUAAAAAAAUGAAAAGCUGAAAUCAGGUGUGAUUUUAUUUUGUUUAACAAGUACAAGAUAAAGGGGCAAAUAUUAUCUCUAAUCAAAUUUGUUUCAAGGAACAUGAUGAGUCACAACAUUCCUUAUAGUGCGUAAAAGACUAGUCAUAACUGAGCUGGUCUCGAUUGAAGAACACAAAAUCUCGAGUGAUUGAACUUUAUAUCUCAAUUGGCAUGAUUCAAAUUCUCAAGUGAAAGUUAAGGUCUCUACACCAGGAAGGAGUCACAUGAGUUUCUUCAUGAAAUUUCAGUGUUAGGCAUAAAGAGAAACAGUUAGAUAGUUAGAAUAUGCUCUCUGUUUUGUAACUGCUUCUAUAACAGAUUUCGGUUUGGUUUUGUAUAGCUGUCAUUUUCUGUUACAAUCUUUUCUGUAAUCUAUGACUAUAUAUACAAGUUCUCUUGGCUAUCAACAGUUAGUUGAGCCAUCACAUUUUUCAUCAUCA